UCUUACCUUUGAAACAUUUCAUUAUGGGAUUAAGUGUCACAUUUCUAGCUUAACAGUAAAUCGAAUCUUAACUGUUGACUCCUGGUCUAAGUUUGAUGAGAUACUUCGUUUUUUAAGCUCUUUGAAAAUUGAUAAUAAAAAAGAAGUAAUUAUGCAACAUGUUUCAGUUAUGGGACCAAAAUUAGUUGGAGAUUUUGUAUAUUUCUUAACAUCCAAGGGCAUUAUAUAAUCGCUUAAGAAAUGAUUAUCAACUUCCAUCUAUUUCAACACUGACUCGAAUUACUUCAAAAAUUUCUAAUAUUAAUGAAAACAAAUUUAUUUAUUCAAUUUUUAACUCUCUUCCGGAUAAGCAGAAAUUAUGUAUCAUACUACAUGAUGAAAUAUAUGUUAAAAAAAGUUUGCUUUACCAUGAUGGAACUAUUUUUGGUAGAUCGGAGGAUAACCCAGUGGAAUUGUCCAAAACAUUCUUAGGGAUUAUGGCUGUUUGUUUAAAUGGGGGUCCAAAGGUGUUAAUUAAAAUAAUACCAAUAUCAAAAUUAUGAUCUGAUUUUUUGUUUGAACAGAUUAAUUUAACUAGUCAAAUAAUUGAUUCAGUCAGUACAAAUGUAAAAGCUAUUAUAUGUGAUAGGAAUCGUGUCAAUCAGGCUUUUCUUAAAAUGUACACAUUCAUUCCGGGAAAACCAUGGUUAACAGUAGAUGGAAAGUAUUUACUUUAUGAUUUUGUACACCUCAUAAAAAAUAUUCGUAAUCUUUGGUUAACUGAAAAAACUCAGGAAUUAAUAUUUGACGAUAACGGAGUAACCAGGAUUGCAAAAUGGACUCAUUUAAAGCAGCUUUACAAUGCAGAAUUAGAAGCUUUCUAAAGUUAUCUGACCUGAAUGAAACUUCUAUUUCUCCUAAACCUGUUGAACGACAGUGUGUAUUAACAGUUUUAAGAGUAUUUUCAGAAAAAACUUAUGCUGCUCUUUUGCAACAUCCUGACAUGAUACAUAUUGCUGUUAACGACACUGCUAUAUUUAUUAAUAAAGUUAUUAUUUGGUGGAAAAUUUUAAAUGUCAAAGCCAUUGGUGCUGAUACAAGGCAUAAUGAUCCUUUGCAGGCUGUUAUCAACAAUCCUGAUGACAACCGUUUAAAUUUAAUACUACAAUUUGGUGAUAUGGCACUUAAAAUGGCAGGUCCCAAAGAUCACCUGGAAAAAGAAUAUAGUAUACUUCGUCAAGGUUCUGGUGGUACAUAUUUUCUUAGUGUUCAACAAGUUAUUGAAAAAUUAAAACAUGCAUCUUUACUUUUGAAGUUAAAUGUAGAUAUUGACAAUUUUAAUGUGAAGUCUGGUCAUCAAUGUGCGUAA